CUUGCAAUAAUUUUUUUCUUUGUAUUGUUUUGUUGUUGGCGACGGGAGCUCCGGCCACAUACCAAUUACGUAGCUACUGCAGCAGCCAGAGGCAGCAGCCCAGCCAGCAUAGCACGGCUCAGCUCAGGGAAGCGCAGGCCGGCGAGAAGAGGGUACCGUAUAUCGAUCCGUAUAUGGCCGCCGCUGAUGUAAACACUACCACAGAAAACGGAAUAGACGUGACAACGUAUCUUAACCAGCUGGAUCUUCACCUACAUCGAUUCCUUUGUCCAUGUUUGAAAUGUCCGAUACAUUCUUCGUAAGAUUUUAGGAGAAUAAAGAAUGGCUGCUCCGGUGGAGGUAAAGCUGAGGAAUGCAGAGAGCUCGAUUCUCUUCAUGCAGCAGGAGCAUGCAAAGACACUCCAGGCCCUCCACCAGGAACUCCACAAGCUGCAGAAGAAAUGUGCUGAACUCAACUUUGAACUUGCCAUGAAAAGUGAUGAUGUCGAUGAAGAGAAAUACAAGAGUGAGAUUGAGGCUUUAACGGCGAAACUGGGCGAGAAGGAGAAAGAAUGCAACCAAUUAAAAACAGAUAGAGACACCAACCAUGAUAGGUUGAAUGAACUAGAACAGCAGAUGAAGGUGAGAGAGAAAAUAUUUCAAGACGACCUUGCCCAAAGGCAGCAAAAGAUUUUGACUUUGACGGCAGAGCUGGAGCAGCGCUCCGGUACGAUUGCCUACCUGACUACCCAGCUUCAUCAGCUCAAACGGAAAGAAAUUAAACCAACAGUAGAACACGUUAGGAGUGAUCCAGAGAGGAAUCAGAGCCCUGCGCCUCCCAAAGACCCGGCCCCUCCCAGGACCCGGCGAUAUAAUAUUCGCACCGGAAAUGGUCCCGUCAAAGGGGUACAUCCCGUGAACUGCUUACGCAACGAUGCCAACAUUCCCCAACCAAGUCAAGUGCAAUCUCACAUGUUCAGCCGCUUUCGCCGCAUCGGACCGCCCCCGAAGACAGCGAACCCCGUCUUGAGGAGCAGGGGAUGCGAGGGGGUGCGGGAUGUUACCGCCUUUAUCGCCCAUGUGGACACCCAAGGGAGGGAGGUUGAAGUGAAGCCUGUACCCUCUAUCUUGCCCCCCAUUACCCCCCAGGAUGCAGUGAGAAGAGAAUAUUCCCUGUCCGCAGAGAUCGAGACUUUGGCCAUUGACAAGCCUUACGGUGCCGAUAGUUCUCUUAGGUCACCUAAUCACUCCCCAUUACACACAGACUAAAUCAUUUUCACUUCUAACAAAAGCAAAAACAUUUCCUACCCGAGCUAGCAGCUUUAUUCAUGAUCACAGUGCUUAAAGUAAGAAAGCUUUCUUAAUUAAUACAUAUCAAAUGUACUUACUGACAUGAUUUUUGCUUUACUGAUUGCAGUAUAAUCGCAGACAAUACCUUGGAACUGCAUGCACAUUUUCACAGGUCUGAAAUAUCAACCAAUCAUUUAUGUGAAGAUUUAUAUACCUGCACUGUCAAAACAAACAUAGUAGGCGUUUGCAGUGUGGUACAUCCUACAUGUACCUCUCAAGUGGUUGACAUUUAUCUGAAUAAUUGGUCAACUAUUUUCUCUAUGAAGGUAACCAUAACCUUGAAAUGGUUUUUCAUAAUUUUAGCUCAAAAUUCUUCCUUUCGAGAAGUAUGUAUUCGUAUCAAGCCCGAUUCAUUUGAUUGUUUAAUGUUUUCUUGCCAUACAUAUUUGAUGUAUUCAAAUUGUGAAUUAUGAUGUCAAAUCUUCCAUUUUCUUCUGCCUUGAAAUCUUGAAAUCAUGGUUACACAUCAGAAAUGUAUCUGUUUGGGAUAUAAGUUUUGUGAUUUUGCAAUGCUUUGAUAGGUGUGUAUAAUUUUGAUGUGUAGUGUUGGACCAUGAAGAAUAUACAAAAAAUCAACAGUGAGUUGACAAGCAGAAGGCCUUUACUAAAAAAAAAGGAAUGCGUUAGAGUAAAUGUGAAAUACAUUUAUAGAAAAGUAAUUUUGUUAAGUUUUCUAUCAAGAAAUAUAUCAAUUACUCAAAUUAAAUGAAUCUAAGAGUCUCAUUAAGCUCAUGAUUAAAAAAGAGCACCUUUUAAUUGUGAAAGUCGGAAUGAAAGAAAUGCUGUAACAUUCCUCAAGUGUCGAGUUAUGUCCUUCUGCAUGUCAACCCCUCAUACUGAUCACCUUGAUGAUGUAAAUAUUUUUUCUCUGACGCUUUUUAAGUCUGAAUUGAAAAUAAUUAUUUUUUCUGUCUUAUAGAGAGGCAUUAAGAGGAAGAUUAUUCUGCUUGCAGUUUAUAAACUUGAGAUGAAUAAAUUGACAAGUGGAUUCAUUUUUUUACCAAUCAUGAGAAAUACAUGACAAAUAGAACUUAGAUAAGAGAUAAACUAUUACAUUUUAAAUGUGAGUGUAUUUUUAACUGGAGAAGUAGUUAUUGUGGCUUUUUAUGUACAUGUCAGUGUUUACUGGUUAGUAAUCUGUAUGUACAUAUAAAUCAAUUAAAAAAUCCUCAUAAUUUUAAUUCCAUGUUUAUACACUUACAGUGGUAUUCAAUAGGGUUUUAAACUAGACUAUACUAAUUUUUGUGUGCACAGUACAUGUUAAUGGGGAUGUUAAAUAUUCUCAAACUUUGUAGGAAAAUUUGUGCCAGGUAUUGUUGUGAUUUGGAAACUUACAGAUUGUCCUAUUUUCUUUUACAGUAUAUGUAUUUUCACUACUUUCAUUGGGUAUUGCAACAAAUUUUCAAGAUAUAGGGAAUAAUCCUAGACAUGAAUUGUAGCUACUUGCAUGUAGUCUUGCAAUAUGCACAUCUAGUUGGCCGUGUAUGUCGUAAUGCGGUUGUUACUAGAAUAUCUUGCUUUAAGCAUAUAAUCUGUAUGACUAAAUAAAAAGAAAACACCCCCCCUUACAAUUGCUUAAUGUUGGAAUUUGAGGAGAACUUAAAGAAAAACCAAGAUACGAAUUAAAGCUAUAUAAUUCUCAGCUAGUUUAUAUUUCUGCAUCAAUUGUUACAAAUGGAAGUGAAACAGAGUGAUAAUUAUCUAAAUCAUUUUGAAGUGAGUAUAUUUUGCUGAAGAAAGACCCAAAUUACAUUUACCCAAAUCUAUCUACCCUGAUUGCUUCUAAAAUACAUCAAUUAUGAAUGUAAUGGCCACCGCACACCUUACGACUGUUCCCGAUCAGAUUUUGGAACAAAUCGCAUUUUGCUCAGUUUCUGAAAAUGUGAAUAGAACAUAUCAUUUUAUUUGAGGUUUAAAUUAAUUGAAAAAAUGCUUACAUAACCAUUUUGAAAGAUUGCAAGCCUUUAUUUCGGAGUAAAGGCCAAAUUAGUUUCAAAUCGUAGCCAAUCGUGCGACUGCUAUGACGUCAUUACGACUAGAUAUUCAAUUCGCUUUUAUUCUAAUAAGGAUGAUAGCAUAGUCACAGAUUUGAACAUAGGUAUUCGUGCGAUGAUUUAGAACAUUACACAGUAAGAUAUUCCAAGUCUCAAAGUUAGCAUCAAAUUCUACUACAUUUUAUUCUGAAAUCGGAUCGCAGACCAAUCAUAAGGUGUGCGGUCGCCUUAAUGUGCACUUGCAAUAUCCUGUUCAAGAACCAUUGCAAAUGGAUUCUGAUCAGUUUUAUUGAAGUUGCGUGGAUGGUAAAGAUUUAACUUAACGUUAUAAUUUUACAUGGCAAUACAUUGUACAUGGUAGUGUGUACAACAAGUAUGUAUGUUCAUGUGAUUUGCCUAGUGACUGGGUGACGUUAUUGUAUGUUGUAUUGUAACUUCUGAAGGUUUCCAUGGUGAAGAAUGGUGUAGUAGGUUUCACUGUACACCAUGUAUCUUUCUUGGGCAAUUUGUUGAACUCGACGUUUCGACAAGUGUGUUCUUGACGUCUUCAGGAGAAUGUAUUUGUAUGUGUUGUAUUUGUGAGCAUCUUCUUUCACUUGCACAUGUUGUGUGACAGUAUUCAUUUGUCAUAUGUACAUCUAUUUAUGUUUUAAAACUAUAAACUCUUUUUAGAGAAAAGAAAGUAAAUUGUAAUUCUGUAUUCGUUGUUUUUUUCCCCCGGAAUUGAUUAUUGACUGAAAAUAUCUGAAUGAGAGCGUUAGGGGGAAAAUAAAAACUUUUUUUCAUUACAUUUAACCUGUUAUACACUUUAAUCAGGUGGUCCCUAUACAAAGCAUGUGGGGAUCACAGUUAAAUGAGUUAAUCAUCAGAUUGAAUUGAUGUUUAUGUUAAAUGAUACACCUUAUUAAGACUACCAUUCAAUUUUUGAGCGACAUACUUUGAUAGUAUUAGUAAACAAAUAAUACACAUCUGUGAUGGCGAAUUACACCCACAUGGUACUUUUGGAACAGUUCAAACAUUUUGUCUAUUUCAAGGUAACAGUUGUGUAUAAUACCUGAGCAAACAUGAUGUAUAUUACAGCAAGGCUCCACACUAACAUUUUUUCUUGGUGGCCGGAUUGGUCCAUCAAAAUCAUCAAUAUCAUAUUUUGGUGGCCCGCAAAGCAAAUUUAGUGGCCCUAAAAACCGAAAACACUACAAUUUAUGAAAACUUUGGUAACCCAACAGGGCCACCAAGUGUUGGUAUUUGCAUAAUUUUGGUGGCCCGACUCUCAUUUUAUUUGCCCCGGGCCACUGCUAAGGUCAAGCCCUGAUUACAGCAUGUUUUAUAAGAUUAUAGUGAUGUGGAUUUCUGUAUGAUAAACCAUUUUCAUCGCAAAACCUUGACCUUGUAUUUGUGAUUAAGUUAUAAUUCUUUGUUUCGUUUUUUUUUCUUUCUGAGACACACUGUAUAACAACAAUCAGAAAUGCAGUGGUCAUACAUGUUUCUGUACUGUAUCAAUACAGAUUCAUUGUAGAAAACUACAAUUAUUGAAUGAAAUGUCUGUUGGAGUUUCUUUGGAUGUUUCAUUUUAAAGCCAUUCAUCCGUUGCACGUAUGACUUUAUGAACGACUGAAACAUGCUCUUGUAUUAAAUGUGACACUGGUCAGUGGUCCCCAAGGAUACCGCUUGUGAUUGUAACAAAGUUGGAGUGAAUUCCUAUAAACCCUGAUUAAGUUUGGACAAGUGAUAAACUUUACAUUGAAGUGUUUGCUACCAAGAGGAAUUUUAAUCUGACACAGAUCAUAUUUAGCAUGGUCGAGCAUACUAUACUUGUACUUAAAGGACAAGUCCACCCCAACAAGAAGUUGAUUUGAAUAAAAAGAGAAAAAUCCAACAAGCAUAACACUGAAAAUGUCAUCAAAAUCGGAUGUAAAAUAAGAAAGUUAUGACAUUUUAAAGUUUCGCUUAAUUUCACAAAACAGUUAUAUGCACAUCCUGGCUGGUAUGCAAAUGAGGAGACUAUGACGUCAUCCACUCACUAUUUCUUUUGUAUUUUAUUAUGUCAAAUAUGAAAUAUUCUACUUUUCUCCUCAUUGGCAAGUGAUACAACGAUUAAUUCCUCCCUGAACAUGUGGCAUCAUCAUUGUUUAAUACUAUAUGUUUCAGUCAAGUUGCUCCUUAUUGUCAAAUCUAUAAAAAAUGAAAUAUUGUAUAAUCCAAACAAUAAAAAACAAAAGAAAUAGUGAGUGAUGGACAUCAUCGACUGACCCACCUAGUUGUGCAUAUCACUGUUUUGUGAAAAAUAAGCGAAAUUUUAAAAUGUCAUAACUUUCUUAUUUUACAUCCGAUUUUGAUGAAAUUUUCAGCACUAUACUAGUUUGAUUUUUCUUUAUUUAUUCAAGUCAGCAUUUUCCUGAGGUGGACUUGACCUUUAAAGUCAUGCUCAACAGUACCAACAGCUUAACCAUACUUCUUCCUGAUGGGCCAUCGGUGAAGAGACUUUGCCAUUCUUUCAUGAAGAUAGUGGCCUCUUUACGCUGUAAUUUAGACUUACCAUCCACGAAUUUUGUGAACUUUCCAAUGAAGCUGAGAAAGGAUUCUUUUCAAAAUGUUUGGUAUCUUAAAGAUACACUGUAUUUCUUCUGAAUAAAGAUUACACAUAAUAUAUUGCAAA